AUGUCAGACCAAUACACCCCACCAAACGAGACCUUCACUCAGGAAAAGAAGCCCAUCAACCGGGACACCGAAGCUGCCAUCCCCCGUGGUCGCGCCGGCUGGUUUGGCGGCUCUGAUGUCGCAAUUGGUCCUCGCAUAGGUCCUGUCCUGAGCAGUAUUUCAAUUGGCGACUCUUCAGAUACCGACGACAGCAGCAGUGCCAUCUUGCACAAGCAAAAGGCCCUCGAGGAUGGUCAUGCCAUUCAGUACCGCACCUGCAGCUGGCAGAAGACUGCCGCGCUGCUCUUUUCCGAGUACAUCUGUCUGGCCAUCAUGAGCUUCCCGUGGUCGUACAGUGUACUUGGACUUGUCCCGGGUCUUAUCCUGACCGUCUUUGUCGCUCUCGUUGUGCUCUAUACCUCAUUGGUUCUCUGGGAAUUCUGUCUACGACAUCCAGAGGUCCGCGAUGUCUGUGACAUUGGUCAGAUGCUGUUCUGGAAUAAGAAGUGGGCCUGGUGGUUCACUGCCAUCAUGUUCAUUCUGAACAACACCUUCAUCCAGGGUCUUCACGUGCUUGUUGGAGCUAAGUACCUCAACACUAUGACAGCAUCGGACGAUGGCAUUGCUUGCCGCACCGUCAGCUUCUCCGUCAUCAUGUUCAUUCUGUGCUGGCUGUGCUCCUUGCCUCGAACUUUCAACAUGCUGGCGAAGCUUGGAACUCUGUCUGCCUUCUUCACCUUUGUCUCGGUCCUGCUCGCCACAGUCUUCGCCGGAGUUCAGGAUCAUCCUGCAGGCUACGAUCCGCGCCCAUCGUACACCACCGAAGACGGCACGGAGGCAGUUGGAGGAAACCCAAUCGUCACGGCCCUUCCGGUCGCUGGCACUACCUUCGUGGCCGCAUUGAGUGCUUUCCUGAACAUUAGCUAUACGUUCAUUGGACAGAUCACUCUCCCCAGCUUCAUCGCCGAAAUGAAGGAGCCUCGCGAUUUCCCCAAGGCUUUGUGGGCUUGCACGAUCCUCGAGAUCCUCGUCUUCAGCGUCGUUGGUGCUGUUGUCUACGCUUAUGUCGGUAACCAGUACAUGACUGCGCCUGCGUUUGGCUCGCUUGACCCCCUUUACAAAAAGGUGGCUUUCUCAUUCAUGAUCCCCACCCUCAUCUUCUUGGGUGUGCUGUAUGCAUCGGUUUCGGCUCGCUUCGUCUUCUUCCGCAUCUUCCAGAACUCCCACCACAAGAACGAUCACACCGUGGUUGGCUGGGGUACUUGGGCUCUGAUCCUUCUUGCUACAUGGAUCCUUGCUUUCAUUAUCGCCGAGGUUAUCCCUUUCUUCUCAGAUCUCUUGUCCCUUAUGUCUUCUCUCUUCGACAGCUUCUUCGGCUUCAUCUUCUGGGGUGUCGCCUACUUCAGAAUGAGAAAAGCCGAUGGUACCAUUUCUCUUGUCAAGGAGCGCACCGCUUAUGGCUAUGCGAUGGCAGCUAUGAACAUCUUCAUCAUCGCCAUUGGUGUAUUCUUCCUUAGCGUUGGUACAUAUGCUAGUGUACAGAGCAUUAUCAACGACUUCGAGGCUGGAGCCGUGGGUGCUGUGUUCACAUGUAAGAGCAAUGGGCUGUAA